CCCCUAUAAUUUUUCUGAAACUGACGUUGGUAUUAUCCAAGAUGGCUCCUGUCCCGACGAGAUUUUUGCUGCGAAUGGUCCACAAUUUCGGGCGAAAGUACACCACAAAUGCCGGUACCAGACUUCCCGAGUAUGUGAAAAUUGUGGAAGUGGGACCAAGAGACGGUUUACAGAAUGAGAAGCAAAUCGUGCCCACAUCCGUGAAGGUUGAUCUCAUCAACAGACUGUCAGAGACGGGACUGUCUGUCAUCGAGGCCACCAGCUUCGUCUCACCAAAAUGGGUACCACAGAUGGGGGACCACACAGAUGUGAUGAGGGACAUCAGGAGGCACCCAGGAGUGAACUAUCCUGUCCUCACACCUAACCUGAAGGGCUUCCAGUCUGCCAUUGCAGUAGGUGCUAAAGAAGUGGCCAUAUUCGGGGCAGCUUCUGAAUCAUUUUCAAAGAAAAACAUCAACUGCACCAUAGAAGAGAGCCUGAGAAGAUUUGAUGAAGUCAUGAAGGCAGCAAAAGUAGCGAACAUUCCUGUGAGAGCGUAUGUGUCCUGUGUGUUGGGGUGUCCGUAUGAAGGAAAGAUACAACCAGAGGCAGUGGCAGAGGUUGCUAAGAAGAUGUACUCCAUGGGAUGUUACGAGAUCUCGCUGGGAGAUACCAUUGGGGUGGGGACGCCGGGGGGGAUGCAGGCUAUGUUGGAGGCUGUGACGAGGGAAGUUCCCGUCAGUGCGUUAGCCGUUCACUGUCACGAUACCUACGGACAGGCUCUCGCUAACAUACUCACCGCACUACAGAUGGGGGUGAGUGUAGUGGACUCUUCCGUAGCUGGUCUUGGUGGAUGUCCGUACGCAAAGGGAGCGUCAGGAAAUGUGGCGACGGAGGAUGUUGUGUACAUGUUACAUGGGCUGGGCAUCAGAACGGGAGUAGACCUGGCCAAGCUGACCAGUGUUGGCAGUUUCAUCUCAGCAGCUCUGGGGAGGAGAACCAGCUCUAAAGUAGCUCAAGCUAUGAGCAAACUGUAGCCAUCUACUGUCAUUUCAUACUGCAUACAAUGUAAAUGUAUAGAACCAAACAUUUAUUGCAGAAAACAUACAAUUUUGUGAGAUCUGGAAAUAAAAAAGCAAAAAAAAAAAAAAAGCUGCAUGAUCGAAACCACCCUGCAAUGUGAGAAUGUAAAACAAAUAUCUGUGAACUAUGUGUAGAUACUUUGUCUGAUAUGGACAAAUUCAGCUUUUUAAUAAAAGGCAAAACAUUGAUACAUACAUGUAGGUUUGAGUCUAUGAGUCCCAGUUACUGUAUAAUCUGUAAAAAUGACACACACACACAAAGACACGCUUUUCUAUACCUCCUUAUGACUUUACAUUUGUUCACCUUCUUCUGACUUUUUGUGAUGUUACAUGUAUUUGAGAGGAUCU